AUGAACCACCUUCCGCAGGCGUGGGGCAGACCGCGCGACGAUGUCUAUGGCAGCUACAACCCAACCUACCUCCCUCAAUCACACGGCGGCACCCAGCAACCCAUCACUCACACGCAAUCGCCCAUUGUCACCGGAACAUCGGUCAUCGCCCUCAAGUUCAGCACGGGAGUCGUCAUCGCCGCCGACAAUCUCGCAUCAUACGGCUCCCUCGCCCGAUUUACGGAUGUUCACCGCAUUAAGCCCUUCAACAAGAAAUCCGUUGUCGGAUUCGGCGGCGACGUCAGCGAUAUGCAGUACCUCGACCGUCUGCUCAAUUCCCUCAAUAUCGAAGAGAACUACUCGGGCAUUGAUGAAGGAGAAGACGCCGCCAUGAUGAACGCCAAGAACCUGCACACAUACCUCGCAAAGGUCAUGUACAAGCGACGUACCGACUUCAACCCACUGUGGAAUGCGCUGUUGAUCGUUGGGCUGGACGAGAAGAACAAGCCAUUCCUGGCUUCCGCAGAUCUCUUGGGCACAACCUUUAGCGCACCGACGCUGGCAACCGGAUUUGGUGCACAUCUCGCACAGCCGAUCCUAAGAAGGGCGGUACCGGAUGAGGCGGCGGCAGCCAAGUUGAGUAGGGAGGAUGCAGUCGCAGCAGUCAAGGCGUGCAUGAAGGUGCUGUUUUACCGCGAUGCGCGCAGCAUGAACGAGUACUCCAUCGCCGUGGUUGACGAGAAGGGCGUGGAGCUGCACCAGGAUGAGAAGCUGGAGAACCAGAGCUGGGACUUUGCGGAUAAGAUCAGAGGCUAUGGUACCCAAACUGCUUGA